AUGCCCUUUCUAUUUCAACUGAUCUACAGAAAGCUAGCCAUUCAAGCAAACAGCAACACUGAUACCAACCAACGUGAGGAUGACUCAGACGAUGGCGAGGAUCCGAUUCCAGCAGCACAUGUAGAAACCGAUGCGAUUGGCGAUGAUUUGAAUGAUGUUUUGCCCUUUGAUUGUAAUCAACGAGCUUACAUGGUUGCAAAAACCAUUUGCUCCAUGGUGGCAUUUGUGAAAAACCGUAGAAAUAAUGGACAUCAGCUCGCGAACUCCCUGACUUUCCUUGCAUGUGGGGUCACCAACCGGCCUUCGGAUCUCUACCAAGAUUGGGAAACUACUUGCGCCGACUUUGGGAUCUUUUCUAUGUUUCGAUAA